CCCUGGCCCCUCCUGCGUUCUAUUGCCGUUGCGCAGCACUGCUCCUGGGACUCAGACCUGCCUCAUCUUCAGCGGACGGACGGAUCUUUCUUGGGGUUGCCAUGGCGACGGGGCGGCCUUUCGACAUGGUGGUCUUCGGGGCCUCGGGCUUCACCGGGCAGUACGUGAUCCAGGAGGUGGCAAAGGCAGCCGCCGAGGAGGAGGAGGCGCGCGGCUCGCUGCGCUGGGCCGUGGCCGGCAGGAGCCAGGAGAAGCUGCAGGCCGUGCUGGAGAAAUCGGCCGCCAAGCUGGGGAAGCCAGAACUGAAGUCAGAAGUUGGCAUAAUUCUAUGUGAUGUCAGUGAUCCAGCCUCUCUUGCUAAUAUGGCUAAACAAACAGCUAUUGUUCUCAACUGUGUAGGCCCAUACAGGUUUUUUGGAGAAGCUAUGGUGAAAGCUUGUGUUGAGAAUGGUACAAGCUGUAUUGAUAUUAGCGGAGAACCUCAGUUUCUGGAAGGAAUGUAUUUGAAGUAUAAUGACCAAGCUGCAGAAAAAGGAAUAUAUAUUGUUGGAAGCUGUGGUUUUGAUUCUAUUCCUGCAGAUAUGGGAGUAUUAUAUACCAAAAAUAAUUUGAAAGGUACCUUAACAGCAGUGGAAAGUUUCUUCUCUAUUAAAUCUGGCCCAGAGGGUGUCUCUCUUCAUGAUGGUACCUGGAAAUCCGCAAUAUAUGGCCUUGCUGAUCAAGAAAAUUUGAAAAAAAUUCGGCGCCAAAUAGGACAUAAACCCAUUCCAGUGAUUGGAGCAAAACUUCAGAGGAGAGGUGCAGUGUUUUUUUGUAACGAACUUCAGCAGUAUUCCAUUAUAUUCAUGGGAUCAGAUUUCACUGUGGUAAAACGGACUCAGCAAUAUAUGCAUACACAAGAAGAGGAAACUCCUGUACAAUAUGCUGCUUACGCCACCGUUGGCGGUAUUGGAUCUGUCCUUAAACUGAUGUUCGCUGGCCUUCUAUUUUUAAUGCUUGUGAAGUUCAACUGUGGGAGAAAACUUUUAAUAAAAUAUCCUGAAUUUUUUUCUGGAGGAUAUUUUACAAAAGACGGACCAACAGAAAAACAGAUGGAAAAGGUAUCUUUUGUAAUGACAUUUUUUGGCGAGGGAUACAGCACUGGUAAAGAUCCACAUCAAGGCAAACCGGAUGUUAAAAUAUGCACUCAAGUGAAGGGGCCAGAGCCUGGCUAUGUUGCUACACCUAUCGCAAUGGUCCAGGCUGGCAUGACACUUUUGAAGGACAAGAGUUCUCUUCCUAAAAAAGGAGGUGUCUAUACUCCUGGGGCUGCAUUCUCCAAAACAAAACUGAUUGACAGGCUCAACAAGCAUGGGGUUGAGUUCUCUGUUAUUAGCAAGCCCGAAGUCUGAAAAAAUUUCUGAAGAGACGGCAUGACCAGAAAACCUUUGUGUAGUUACUUGUAGAUCAAAAAUAACAGGAAUUUUAAAGGGUUGCUAGGUUUAAUAAAAUAUUUGCAUUCUAAUGACAUAUUCCAUAAUAUUGUUUGAAAUUACUGGAUAUUUUAACUGGACAUACUGAAUAUGUUACCACCACAGACAUUAACCUGUUGAAAAAUUACUGCAAUAAUGAAUAGUGGUAGAAACAUAUUGCUAGUUUAGGAGAGCUUGAAAUUAAGAAACUCAUCCAACACCAUUCCCAAUUGAAAGUGAGUUCUCACUAUGGGAAUCUAUAAUCAUUUCAGCUUUUUAAUGUAGUUCUAUAAAUAUAGCACUUAUAUUUGUUGGUAUUCGGUAAUCUGUUGGUGAUUAUACUGUUAAAUCUGUGCCUUAACUGACCAAAUAUCUGUAGAUAGGAGAGGACAGUUUUUAAGGUGAGUAAAUACAUAGCAGUAAGCUCUCUUGAAGCAUUCCUUUAGUUUUCAUUAAACUUUUGGAGUAUGUAAUCCCACAGGCAGAACUCUGUCUAGCUAUUGUUAGCAGAAUAUUAUUACCCAAGAUCCCUUUUAACCACUGUUCCUUUAGAGACAAGGGGGCCUCUCUCUUACUGAUAAAUAAGACUGCAGCCAACUUUUACUUGGAUUAAGUCCUAUUGACCACACAGUCAAAUUCAGGUUUAGUCAAAUAAGUUCUAAACCUGUGCUAAAGGGACAAAUUAAUUGUGCUUAAUUGAAGUUUCUUGGGGUUUGGCACAAUCAGCUCAACUGACUUAAUGUUUUCCCUACACUAAAUGUAAAAUAGGGAGAAGUAUUUUUAAACACUAGCUUUUUAGUAUGAAUGCCUAUGACAAAGGAGUAUCUGAUACUCCCUUUUCAAUGGAGAUGAUCUCAUCAGGGAAAAUAAAGUACUGAAGAGUAAGAGAAAAAUGUAGUUGCUGUUUACUUACCAUUGUUGUUCAAUAUAAUAAAAGGAGGUUACAAAUUC